AUGAAGGUCGCACUCCUCUCAUCCUUCCUCCUCGGCGCAUCUUUCGCAGCACCAGCACCAGACUCCCAUCAUCAUCACCACCACCUCGCACGCAGGCAUCAACAUCAGCAUGCAAAGCGAGACGUCGUCAUUGUCUAUGAAACCGUCACAGUCGACAAGAAUGGCAAGACACUAGGCACAGGCUCAGCGACCACCACUGCCCUCCAAGCACCCGUUGCGCCUGCCGCCGCGUCUCCCAUCAUCCCGGAAGAUGCCGUACCUCUCCCGAUUGUCAAUGUCCCACAAGCAUUCAAGCAAGCAGAGAAUCUCAUCACCGCUGCUAAUGUCGCUGCACCCACUGCUGCUGCAGCGCCAGUCGUAGCGCCUACCAAAGACACACCCGUCGCUGCACCUGCUAAGGAGACACCUGUUGCUGCACCAGCCAAGGAAACACCCGUUGCUGCACCAACAACCAAAAAGGCAGAGACACCCGCACCUGCACCUGCCGCACCCGUCGAUACACCCAGCACAGGCAACAGCGGUGUCGGUUCUCUUGCCAUUGACGCCUCUUCCGGUGCAUCUGUUGCUAAACCCCUCGGUGACUUUGUACCACCCACCACACAAUUCCAAGAUGGCAAGCUUGCAUGUUCCACCUUCCCAGGCAUGUACGACGGUGUCGUUGCACUCCCCAACCUGGGCAAGAAUGGGUACAACUCCAUUCAACUCGGUUCAGGAGAUUACGAACAAACAGACUCGUGCAGACCUGGUUAUUACUGCUCGUAUGCCUGUCAACCAGGCAUGUCCAAGACGCAAUGGCCAGAAGAUGGUCAACCUGCAAACGGCGUCUCACUCGGUGGUCUCAAGUGUGGCUCUGAUGGUAAACUCUACCUCUCUCGACCUUCAGUCCCAUACCUCUGUCAAUGGGAUCAUCAAGCUGCUCUUGUUGAGAAUCAAGCAUCGCAGGCGAUUGCUAUUGGUCGUACAGUCUAUCCGGGUAGUGAAAACAUGGUUGACCCAACAUUCCUCAAACCGGGUGCCAUCUCGCCAUUGUCUGUACCGGAUCAGAAUAUCUUCAAGUGGCGCGGUAACCCAACCUCUGCUCAGUACUACGUCAACAACGCUGGUAUCUCACAAGUCGAUGGGUGUGCAUGGGGUACACCGGGUUCGACGCUCGGUAAUUGGGCACCUAUGAAUUUCGGCGCUGGAUACGCUGAUGGUAUUGCAUGGCUCGCAUUGAUUGGUAACCCAAACAACAUGCAAGGCACAAACUUCAAAAUCAAGAUUGUCUCCGUGUCUGGUACAAUGAAUGGUGAGUGUGGGUAUGAUGGAAGGAAGUAUACUGGAUCUUCUGCAACAGGUAAUGGAUGUACCGUGGCGUGCAAAGGUGUUUGCAAGUUCGUCAUGUACUAG